AUGGCCGGUGUGAAACGUCCCGUCGAUGUCAACGAAGAUCGCAAUGGAAAGCGGAGCAAGACCAAGCAGGGCUCCGCAUCCACGAAGAAAUCGAAGGUCGAUGCGCCAGUGAAGUCCAAGUCGAAGGACGUCAAGUCCGGAAAGAGUGACAAAAAGUCAUCAAAGAAGAAGGUUCAAAAGGAGGAAUCAUCCGAUGACGAGGACGAGUUCGAUAUUGACAACGUUUCGGACUCCGACGAUGAUCUCGAUGCGGUUGAUGAGAUUCCUGAAGAUGUUUCUAUGGAGGAUGUGAGCGAGGAGCAGGAGCCCAGCGAGGAUGAGGAUGAGGAGAAGAAGCAAGAUGACAACCAAGAAGUCCGCAAGAACCCCAAUGCGAAUGCCUCUCGCGAGUCUCACAUCAAGCAAAAGGCCCUCCAAUUGGAGCGCAAGAACGCCAAGCCCAACGCCGAUAUGAUUGCCCGCUCCAAGAAGCUCUGGGAGCAGCUGCGCCGCAAAUCCCACGUCCCAUUGGAACAGAGAAAGAAGCUCAUCAAGGAGCUUUUCGAGAUCAUCACUGGCCGUGUUCGGGAUUUCGUCUUCAAGCACGACUCCGUGCGUAUCAUUCAAACCGCCUUGAAAUACGGAAACCUGGAGCAGCGCAAGGGAAUUGCACAGGAAUUGAAGGGAAGCUACAAGGAGUUGGCUCAAAGUCGUUACGCCAAGUUCUUGGUCGGAAAAUUAAUUGUCCACGGUGAUACUGAGACUCGGGAUCUGAUCAUUCCCGAGUUCUACGGACAUGUCAAGCGCCUCAUUCGUCACCCGGAGGGCUCUUGGAUUCUUGAUGAUAUCUACCGCACAGUCGCCACAAAGGAGCAGCGCACAAGGAUCCUGCGCGAGUGGUACGGACCUGAGUUCAUUCAUUUCAACGAUGACAAGGAGAAGUCGGCCGACCUUCGCAAGAUUCUGGAGGCCACCCCUGAGAAGCGCGGUCCCAUUAUGAACUUCCUGCGUGAGCUGAUCAACCAGCUGGUUCAGAAGAAGUCCACCGGCUUCACCCUUCUGCACGAUGCUAUGCUGCAAUACUUCCUUGCUACCAAGCCUGGUAGCACUGAGGCGAACGAGUUUAUUGAGUUGCUCAAGGGCGACGAGGAGGGUGAUUUGGUGAAGAACAUGGCUUUCACUCGGUCUGGCUCUCGCCUGAUGAGCUUGACCCUGGCUUAUGCCAAUGCUAAGGACCGCAAGCUGCUUUUGCGUUUCUACCGCGACACUGUUAAGGCCAUGGCCGGUGAUCUCAACGGUCACAUGGUUCUGCUUGCGGCAUACGAGGUUAUCGAUGACACAAAAUUGAGUGCCAAGGCCAUCUUCCCCGAGCUCUUGAACCAGAACGACCCCGUGGAGACCCGCCAUGAGGAAUUGCUCUACCAGAUCAACGACCUGACUGCACGUGUCCCCAUUCUGUUCCCCUUCGCUGGCGACCGCGCCAAAUGGCUUCUGCCCGAGCAGGACCACGAAGUUCUCAAGGAGAUUCGUGAGGUCCGGAAAGAGACCUCCAAGAAGGAUGCCUCCACCCGACGCCAGGAGUUGGUCAAGGCCGCAUCGGCGACCUUGCUUGAGUUGAUUGCCGCUCGCGCUGAGACCCUGUUGGAGACUACCUUCGGUUGUCAAUUCAUUAGCGAGGUGCUUUUCGAGGCUGACGGUGACAAGGGUGCUGCCCUUGCGGCCGUGGCUGAGGCUGCCAAGGCCAAGGCCGACACCCCAGACUCCUCCGUUGGGCGUCUGCUUAAGUCACUUGUGCAAGGCGGUCGGUUCAACCCUGCCGAGAAGACCGUGGAGAAGGUGGAACCCGCACUCAACUUCCACGGACUCCUGUACGAGCAAAUCCGUGAUGAGAUCGUCGAGUGGGCCACUGGAACAAAUGUGUUUGUGAUUGUCGCUCUAGCCGAGUCAGAUGAUUUCGAGAAGAAGAGCGAAUUGCUUAAGACUCUCAAGAAGAACAAGAAGGCGCUGGAGCAGGCCUCGGCGUCGGGCGCAGAGGGCAAGAAGGCCGGCCCGACCAGCAGUGGCGCCAAGUUGUUGCUGCAGAAGCUAUAA